AUGCAUCGCCUCCCGCGAGCCCUUACACUCCGCCAGACGCCCCACGCCAUCCACCGACCGCAACCCAUACGAAGAGCACAGAUCCCGCGCAUACAGAGGAGACACAAGUCGCAAACAGUCUACUCAUCCUCUUCUGGCGAACCCAUAAAUCUACGGACCGUCCGCUUCAAGCGACCCGGCUUCUUCACCUUCCGCCGGUUGGCCACGGUUGGCGUCUACACCGGCGUCGUCUACCUCUACUUCAACCUGCUAUGGCGGUACAUGGAUAUCGAGAUCGAGUUUGUGGACGACGAAGAAGAGCAGACCGAUGAGCAGAAGCAGGCCUCGGGUGACCCCUCGAAGGAGGAGGCGUCAGAAGAAGAAGAUGGCCCACCGUUCUACGCCGACCCCGACUCUACAUUCAUCCCUAUGACCUGGUCCAAGAAGCUGCCUAGAACGUACUACCGCGGCAGCGACCCCGAAUGGCAAGAGUUCAUAAAAAUCGCACAGGACCGGACGAGACACAAAAAGAUCCAGUCCGAGCUCGUACAGAUCGUCUACACCGGCUCAACGCAACACCCCACCAUCGCACGCCAACUUGGUCCAGAAGCUAAAGUCGGCAAAUACUGGCUCGACAUCUCUUUCCCCGACGGUCCACCGCCGGAGUACGAGCGUAGCGGAAUCGAGAUUGGGGAUGGCUUUGUGGCGUGGAGCCAGCAGAUUGUGAGUCAGGAGAAGCAAUGGCGAUUGAUGCGGGCACUGUGGCCGAGCGCGGCGGCGCAGAGUAGUUGGGCGACACUGAAGGUGUUGGCAGGGAUCCAGUGGCGGCGGGUGAAGCAGAGCUUGGGGCUGGAGGCGCGGGAUCCGAUGGCGCCGGAGGAACGUUUCAAGACGGCGAUGGAGAUGGUCGAGAAGCGACAGGCUGCCGCGAGGGAGGGAAAGCAGGGUGGUGUGGGCAAGGCGCAGACGGAUCCUAGCGGGAGUCCAGGCGCCGUGGCUAGUAGUCGCGACGCUGCCUCGUCACCCUCCGCCACUCCCUCACCACAAGCUCGGCCGUCCUCAUCCUCUUCGAGUGAUGGGAAGAAAUUCCCCAUACCUCUCCCGAACCUCCCGCUCCCCUCUGCUCCCGCCUCCGCCUCCAGCGCCGCAUCCACCGACCUCCCCAUCGCCAUGCACGUCUUCCAAUCCACCCUCUCGAAAACAUGGUCCCCCACCGCCAAAGCGAACCGACAAGGCGGCGUGGCUCCCUUCGAUCCUCCACGGGGCAGCUUCGUGGUGCAAGGGUUGGUCGAGGUGCGGGGACAGAGGGGCAGGAUGCUGUUCGAUGUGCAGAGUGCUUAUGACCCCAGCCAGGGGAAGUUUGUGCAGGUGAAUGCGGGGGUGAGGGGGUAUAAGCGGUGGAGACAGGGGCCGAAGGGAGGGCCGUAG